AUGCUUCGCGACAGGUUCCACCGCGAGUGUUUCAAGAAGAAGCGCUUGGCGGCAAAGCCCAAGGCCCAGGGCGAGCUAACAUUUGAUGCCUUCCUGGCCCUCGUCAAGGAGCGGCUGGUAGGGGAGGGUCAAAUGCCAAAGUACGUGAAGCUUCUCAAGGCUGUCAAGGAUCACGCCGGUCAAGGUGCGAUCGCCCAGCUCCUGGCUGGUCAUCCGGACCUGGUCGCGCAGAUCCCCACGCCCAAAGCCAAGGCCAAAGCUGCAGGCCCUCCGAAGUCUGCAGGCCCUCCGAAGGCUGCAGGCCCUCCGAAGUCUGCAGGCCCUCCGAAGGCUGCAGGCCCUCCGAAGGCUGCAGGCCCUCUGAAGGCUUCGGAGAAUGCGCGACCCGCCCCACCUGCUGCACUGGCGACCGCGGCCGCGCCGGCCGCGCUUGCCGCGCCCACCGCGUCCAAGGAGAAGCAGCUACAGCCGGCCAAUUCUAGCGUCACAAAGGAGGAUGCUGGCACCACAAGGCCGAAGAAGCUUGACGUGGAUGCGGAAGUCUUGAAGCCGCUGCAGAAUCUGGCCACCACAGCGGGGCUGGUGCGCCUCGCGAUGCGCCGUGCCCGACCGACUCAGAGACUACGUUUGCUGCGUUAUCUGCAGGGCAUCGCCAAGAAGCCUGACCGAAACUGCAACGGACAGGUAUUCCUCAUUCAACGGUCCUCAGCUGAUUUCAACCAGGUCGUCGAGACAAUGUUGGCCAGACUGACAGAUCUUGGUCCUGACAGCCUUGUUCAACGCCUGGCUCACAUAUGUGCUGUGAGAGACUACUUCACCACCUUUGAGCACGAGGACCGCGAGAUCUAUGAUCCCUCCGAGUCAGACAUGCUAGCUGCCCGUGCUUGGAACGAGGGUCGCCUUCAGCUGGCCAUGGAGGCUGGCAUCCAGCCACUGUUUGUUGAUGACCCUGGUGAAUCUCUGGAGCAAAGUGGCUACGUGAAGCGGGCGAAAGCUUUGGGCUACCGGGUCAACUUCGAGAACCUGCACUGA